AUGGGCAGCUCCGCCCUCGUCCUGGCCCUUGGCCUGCUGCCCGCCCUUGCGAGCGGGCACGCGUUUCUCACCAAGCCCGAGAUGCGCGGCGGGGCCUCUGGCAACGUCGACAACGGCUACUGCCCGCAGUGCCUGGGGUCCACCGACCUUCCGAUGGCGACCUGCGGGAACGCCCACUUCCUGGACGCGGUCGGCCCGGUCACCGAGCUGCGGGCGGGGGAGCUUGCCGAGUUCGCGAUCACCGUCACCGCCCACCACAAGGGGCACUUCGUCUUCCGGCUCUGCGACCAUCGCCUGGACAGCCAGGCCGGUGGCUACCAGGCGCAGGAGGAUUGCCUGAACGAGCACGUCCUGAGCCGGGCCAGGCCAGAGGAGGUCCACGCGGACUGCCAGCGAGACGACCCACGCGGCGAUUGUCAGCCCUACGACGAGGCUAAUCCUGGACAUUGGUACCUCCCACCCCAUAGCGGGUCCCACCUCGACCGAGCGCAGCACCGCUUCCACUACUGGAUCCCCGCCGACCUCACGUGUGAGAGCUGCACGCUGCAGUGGUGGUGGAUGAGCGCGAACAGUUGCACGCCGCACCCAGACGCCUACAAGUGCUAUUUCCAGGAGAUGGAGCGGCAGGGGUGGGACGCGAGCGCGUGGUGCGAUGGCGUGUGCUCCUACCAGGGCGAGUGCCCAGCGGAGCAGAGCGCCCCCGUGCUCUGCGGCGAGCAGUUCAAAAACUGCGCGGACGUCCGGGUGGUGGGGGGCGGAGCCACCAGGGGCCCCACGCCCGCACCAGCGCCCACUCCUGUCUCGGCUCCGACCGGCGCGCCGACCUCCUCGCCGACCGCGCCGUCAGGCAGCGCGUGCGUGCAGAAUCUGAACUGCGCCGUGAACGACUGGUGCGCCGAUUCCACCUACGCCGGCUGGUGUCCGCUGCACCCCGCGGGGGACUGCCCCUCGCCGCAGUGCGUCGCGAGCAGCCCCGCGCCGUCUCCAGAGCCAGAGCCGGGGCCCGUGCCAGAGACCGAGGGGAGCAGGCAGCUGGUCGCGUUCGUGGAGAAUUGGUUGCCGUGCCCGAGCCUGGACAAGGUCCAGGGCUACGACAAGGUCAUCGUCUCCUUCGCGGUCAGCUACGCGUGGAACCCUGUGAAGAACCAGUGCGAUCAGAGCUGCACCAUCGGAAUGCCCGCCACGUGCGACAACCAGGCCAAGCCGGACCUGAUCGCGGCGUGGCGGCAGGCGGGCACCAAGGUCUUGCUCUCGUUCGGCGGCGCGGGCAUGGGCGGGAGCUGGGCGGGCGACGUGAACGACUGUUGGGAGCACUGCUUCGGGAGGGUGGACAGCGUGGUGAGCCGCCUGGUGGAGAUAAUCGACAGCCAGGGCUUCGACGGCGUAGAUAUCUAG